AUGACCUUACUGAUUCCAGCAUCAGCGGCCUCUUAUAUCAAUGCCGAACUCGGCCCCGACCCAGACUAUGUAUGGAUCAACGUGUCGUGGGGACUCGGUGCCGCCGUUCUGGUGAGCGUGGGUGGUCGCCUUUCCGAUAUAUUCGGUCGCCGCUAUUUCAUGCUCUGUGGGGCUUUCAUUGCCUUUAUUGGUACCAUUGUCGGUGCAACUGGCCGAAGUAUUGGCCAGAUGAUUGCAAGCGGUGUACUGUUUGGAAUCGGCUCUGGGUUCCAGGAGAUGGGCUUUGCUUGCAUUAUGGAAUUUAUUCCAAAUAAAUACCGGCUGACCGCUCUCGGACUAUACGGUACCAGCGGUAUUUUCUGCCUGAUGAGCCCCCUCAUAACCUAUGCUUUCAUCGCCCACGCAAGCAUUGGCUGGCGAGGUGCGUACUGGUUUAUGUGUGCCAUCCACGGCUGUGCAGGAAUUUUUCUCUUCUGCUUCUACCAUCCACCUACUUUCGAAACAAAGCACAAAGAGGGCCGCGUUUCCAGGUGGAAGUUGGUUGCUGAAAUGGAUUAUAUCGGCUUAUUCCUGUUUAUCGCCGGCUGCACUUUGUUUCUUGUAGGCUUGAACUUCGGAGGCAGGCAAUACCCCUGGAUGUCAUCUGCAGUCAUUGGCCCUAUUGUCGUGGGAUUCAUGUUGCUCGUACUUCUCUUUGUUUGGGAUUUUAACGCCAACUUGAAGUACCCAUUACUUCCGCCAAAACUUUUCAGACAAUGGAGAAGAUACAACCUUCUCGUCCUUGUUGGAUUCUGUUGUGGCAUGCUCUACUACAGUAUGCAGGUCUUAUGGCCUCGCCAAUCUGGUCUCCUGUUUGUGCCUGCGGACGAUCCAAUCAUGCGCGGAGUCUAUGCAAAUUUGACCACAUGGGGCACCUGGAUCUCUCUGAUCUCGGUAUGGCUCAUCUGUGCGAGAUUUGGCCACGAGAAGUGGCAGAUCCUUAUAUUCAUAUGCUGUCAAGUAGCCUUCGUCGGUGGUCUGUCGUCUGUCGGUGUGUCCGACAAGGCCAAGGCGAUUGUUCUGGUAUUCCUGAUGUCCUGCGUCAUCAACCAACCACUAUACAUGCUUUUCAACAUGGUGUCACUCAAUAUUGAAGACCAAGCAGAUAUGGGCAUUGCCAUUGGCGCUCUGUCAACCUUUCGUCUCCUAGGCGGUGCUGUUGCAACGGCGAUAUACUCUUCAAUCGUCGACAACCAGUUUAAAGAGAAUCUCCCGGGGAAGAUCACCGAUGCAAUUGCCGGUACAGGAUUCGACAGUUCAAAUCUGACGGCAUUGAUCCAAGCUGCUGCAGCGAAUACAGCAACUGCAUAUGCAAAAGUUCCCGGCAUUACAGCCCAAAUUAUAAGUGUAAGCCAGUUUGCCGUCAAACUGGCUUACAUGCAGGCGUACAGAGUAGUCUACUAUACGGCUCUUGGUUUCGCGGUUCUAGCAAUCGUCAGCGCCACGCUUGUGCCGAACGUCGACCCGGCCAAGAAAACCAUGGAGAAAGCAGUGCUUCUGGAAAACGAGAAAACUAGGACAAUUGUGGUGGAGACUGAGAAGAAGGCCGAAGAUGCAAUUGAGAAAGUCUGA